AUUCGUUCCCUAGUAUUGCUUGGUGCUAUUUUAUGAUAUUUAUAUACCACGUUUUAACCCUUUAUCUGUUGAAGGCUAUUACUAGUCUGGGGCUGUAAGGGGAGGUGAACACGUGUGUACAAGUUAUCAAUAGCCCAAGGCUAUAGAAUCAGAGGUCACAAUUUUGGGUUUUAUUUAACUGGGUCUCUCAUAGCCCACAGUGUCCACCAAGUCCCUAUGUAGCCAAGGCUAGCCCUGAAUUCCUGAUCCGUUUCUGCUUUCGACUCCCAAGCUGUCAUUGCUUCUCAGGUCUUUUGUCGUGCGUGGGAGGAUUAGGAUGUGGAUUUUACUAGUGUGUGUUGAAGUGCCGUCAGAGGACAACUUAUGCGAGUCAGUUCUCUCGUUCCACCCCGUGUGAGCCUGGAAUUGAGCUCAGAUUGUCAGGCUAGGUGGCAAGCGCCUUUAACCUUGGAGCCAUCUUUCCGGCCACCAGGAUGUGGACGUAAAGUGCUAUUUCCUAAAUUCCUAUAGCAUUUCCUACUCAAAUACAAGAGUUCAGGGACUUUGCACGAAGCCCGCUCCGAUCGGUGUUCAGAAGUGACCGAAGCCGUCAGGAACGCUGUGGGGACACCGCACAGGACGUCCAGAUACGAGAGCCGUGACCAUUUUGUUUCGGUGAAAGAGGACUAACACUGUAAUCCCAGAACAAACGCGAAGAAGAUUCUGACAGGUGAGAACGCCACAUCCGCGUUCCCGAAAGGACAAGUAGACUUUCUGGGGAUCCGUAGGGUAUCUACGCACUGGCGCCCUAAGGCCCCGCCUUAAGGGCGAAGUCGGUGUGUGAGGGCGGAAGUGUGCCCGGAAGCUGGAGGGUGAAGCGAUGGGAAUGACACCCAGGAGCACCAAUGGGGUGUCGCGGCGGGCUUGUUGUUACUCCGAUGGGUAAGGGCUAACGGUUUCCGGUAGUGGCAGCCCCCCGAGGGGUCGGAGGAAAGAGGCGACCGGGACCCCAGCAGCGACGGCGAGAUGCUGGGCUACGGGGCGUCCGAGUUGGAAUCUAUGGAGGGCGAAGAGGCCGUGGAGGCCCCGGGACCAGCCCCGGAGCCGCGAGCCCCGGAGCCGCGAGCCCCAGAGCCCGAGCCGGGCUUGGACUUGAGCCUGAGCCCGAGCCCGUUGCCCGAAAGUCCGGAGCGGCGGGGCGGCAGCCCGGGACGGCGGAAGGGGCGGCGGGGCGGCGGCCGGAGGGGGCGGCAGGUUCGAUUCCACCUGGCGCCGUCCUCCCCGGUCCGCUCCGAGCCGCUGCUCGCGGCCGGUUCCCCAAGCGACGAUCCCGCGGCGCCGCAGCCGCUGGAGGUGGCGGCCCCGCAGAGCAGCCUGGCCCUGAGUCUGGAGCUGCAGAGCGCGCGCGCCGCCGUCGCCGGCGGCCAGUUUGAUGCCGCGAAGGCGGUGGAGGAGCAGCUGCGAAAGUCGUUCCAGACCCGCUGCGUGGUGGAGGAGACGGUGGCGGAGGGGUUGAACGUGCCGCGCUCUAAGCGGCUCUACCGAGACCUGGUGAGUCUGCAGGUGCCGGAGGAGCAGGUUCUGAACGCGGCUCUGAGGGAGAAGCUGGCCAUGCUGCCACCCCAGCCCCGAGUCCCGCCGCCCAAGGAGGCGCUCGGGCCGGGGCCAGACAUGACCAUGCUGUGCAACCCAGAGACUCUGUAUUAUGAGGCUCCGCACUUGACAGUGGACGGACUGCCCCCGCUAAGGCUUCAAGCCCGGCCCCGCCCUUCAGAAGAUACCUUUCUCAUGCACCGGAUGCUGAGGCGCUGGGAAGCGUAGCCCUCAACGCUCUGUACUGCUAGUCUGUACUUCUGUUAAAGUUGUUUCCUCAUAGAAUAAAGUUAGUUCGUUUUUUUUUUUUUUU